AACCAACACAAACAACACAUUAGGUCAAUUUGAUUCUUUCGCUCUUCAAAAAUUUUCAGAAACCGCCACAAAGUAGUUUUGAAAUUAACUGCAUUGUUUUUUUUUUUCUCGGGAAAAUCGUCAUGAAUGGCGAGGAGUGUGAAACAAUGGAAAGAGUGAAUGAGAAAUUGGUUUACAUGUGGGGUUAUUUACCGGGAGCUUUGCCGCAAAGGACGCCGUUGUUGACGCCGGUUCUAGUUAGGGCUCCGGCGUAUGGUUAUAACUGGAAAGAUGUUUCUGGUGGUGGUUGUGGAUUCGCCAUGGCUAUAUCUGAACAAGGAAAGCUCAUAACAUGGGGAUCAACCGAUGAUCUUGGCCAAAGUUAUGUAACUUCUGGCAAGCACGGGGAAAUUCCAGAGCCUUUCCCUCUUCCGAAUGAAGUUUCUAUUGUAAAAGCUGCUGCUGCUUGGGCACAUUGUGUUGCUGUAACGGAUUGCGGAGAAGUUUACACAUGGGGAUGGAAGGAAUGUAUUCCUUCGGGGAAGGUAUUAGGGGAACCUUUGCCAGGGGUAAGUUCUGAAAAAGUUGCACAAGGAAAGCAGAGUUCAUUCUUGACAGAGCAAGUGGGCUCUCGUACAGAAGCCUCAAAGUCCAUCGGAGGAACUGCUUCCAGUGGAGAAGAAAGUACGAAGAGAAGGAAGGUAUCUUCAGCAAAGCAAACAGCUGAAAUCUCAUCAUCUGGUGAUGAUAUUCUAACAGCAAUGCCAUGUCUUGUCACACUAAAUCCCGGAGUAAGGAUAACAAGCGUCGCUGCUGGUGGGCGUCAUACCUUAAUAUUGUCAGAUAUGGGACAGGUGUGGGGCUGGGGAUACGGAGGUGAAGGGCAGCUUGGUUUAGGUUCCAGAAUACGUAUGGUGUCCUCUCCCCAUCUUAUUCCAUGUAUUGAUAAUUCUUUGUAUGGCAACGAUAUAUCAACAUCACUGGCUCAAGGAAGCACGAGUUCAGAGGGACAGAUUGUUAGGAUUCCUGGAAGUUAUAUAAAGGGUAUUGCCUGUGGAGGUCGACAUAGUGCAGUCAUCACAGAUGCUGGAGCUGUGCUUGCGUUUGGUUGGGGACUUUAUGGACAGUGUGGGCAAGGAAGUACCGAUGAUGAACUAAGUCCGACCUGCGUGUCUUCCUUAUUGGGUAUUCGAAUAGAGGUAGUUGCUGCUGGCCUGUGGCAUACUGUCUGUACAUCUGCUGAUGGUGAUGUAUAUGCAUUUGGUGGAAAUCAGUUUGGGCAGCUGGGAACUGGUUCUGAUCAAGCUGAGACUCUACCAAGACUACUGGAUUGUCCGAGCUUGGAAAAUGUUAACGUAAAGACCAUAUCUUGCGGGGCUCGUCAUACUGCUCUAGUAACAGUUCUAAAUGGCUAUCAUCAAAAGAGACGUUUUUUCCUCCUCAAGUUCAGUUAAAUGUGGAGGUGAAUAUGUUCUUUAAUCUUGUGGUGUGAUAUCACACCAAGAGGGUCUAUCUUAAAAAAGGAUAAAGGAGAGAGUAGUUAAUAAUGAUUCAACUACUAACUAUUAACUAACAGACUGGAAUGUUACGGAACAUAUAUAGGAAGCAAAAGAGGGCAAUUAUAGAUAGAAGGGAAAAGAGAAGUUAGGGGUGGAGAAGUAACAACCAAGUGAAAAGAGUUUUGUUUUGGGUACCCUCUAAGGCACGUUUACAUUGUGAAAAUGUUUUUUAUUUUCAUUUUCUAAAAUGUGUUAAUUUUAUUUGCUAACAAAUAGAUACUAGACUCUUAAAGUCAACAAUUGUGUGUAUUUUUUUGAAAAAAUGAAAAUGGCAAAGAUUGUUUUCAUUAUUUUAAAAAGUGCACCAUCUCUUACUUGUAUUUCAUUCUGUCAUCACAAUUUUUCAUUUUAAGAAUUUCACAUCUUAUCAGCAAGUUAAAAUAAACACAUUUUAAAAUCUGAUAACAUAAAAUGUUUUCUCAAAGUAAACGAGAUCUAUGAAACCCAAUAGAUGUGUGAAGAGUCAUACUAUAGUUACAUUGAAGAGCAAUGCUAAUACAAUUAUCCUUGCCGUGUUUCUUUUACUCUCUUAUUUCUUUUUCUCUUAAUACCAGUUAAAUAUAUCAAAACUUCAAAAGUCAACAAUGACAUUCAUGCUAGUUAUUUGAAUAAUCUUUGGAAGGUUGGCUACUACAUAAAUUGCUAGAUUUCAUAGAUAUCAUAAACUAAUCAAUUUCGUGUCUUCUUGAUUACAUACAUACUGUCACUUGCAUUCCUAUUGUUAAUAAA